AUGGAGCACCUGAAACUAGCGAUCACUCAUCCUCAGGAGUUUCGUGCUCUGAUUAGCUACAAAGUGUGGCGCGAUCCUGUCCAUGAUUUCAAGAAAAAUCCUAAAGAAAGUGGAUGGGACCGUGAGCGCAUGCGUGACUGCUGGGGUUUCCUUGAUGCAACAAGUCGUAGUUUUGCUGCUGUCAUUAAAGAGCUGAAGGGUGAGCUCAGUCGUGUUAUUUGCAUUUUCUAUCUUGUACUGCGUGCUUUGGACACUGUAGAGGAUGACAUGACUCUCAAGCCUGAGGUUAAAAUUCCUCUCUUGCUUGACUUUUACAAGAAGCUUGAGCAGCCUGGUUGGAACUUCGCCGAAAGUGGCCCAAAUGAAAAGGACCGCCAGCUCCUGGUUGAAUUUGAUAAAGUAAUUGCUGAAUACCAGCUCCUCAAUGAGGGAUGCCGGAAUGUUAUUUCCGACAUUUGUGCUCGUAUGGGUGCAGGUAUGGCAUCCUACAUUGAAAUGGGCAACUCACCAAAUGGUCUCACUAUGGAAACAUACAAGGACUAUGAUCUGUACUGCCACUUUGUUGCUGGUCUCGUCGGUGAGGGUCUUUCUGGUCUGUUUGUGCAGACUGAUAUUGAGCGCCCACUUAUUGGUCUGCAGUUAAAGCUUUCGAACCAUAUGGGCCUUUUCUUGCAAAAGACAAAUAUUAUUCGUGAUUAUGCCGAAGAUUGUGAGGAAGGUCGCUCUUUCUGGCCUAAGGAGUGCUGGGGUACUGGUGAUAUUUUCUCGCACCAGUCGGAGAUCCAACGUGGUGUAGUGGAAACUAGCCCAGGCUCUGGCUCGUACCAAUUUGCGAAUACCGUCGAGGGCAAGAAAGCACGAGAAAUUCUCUCAACUAUGCUCCUGGAUGCUAUGUCACAUUGCAUCAAGUCUCUUGACUACCUCGCCCUGCUGCGUGACCAGAGUGUCUUCAACUUCUGCGCUACUCCACAAGUCAUGGCUAUUGCUACCCUUGAAAAGCUCUUUGACAAUGCGGACGUUUUUAAGAAGAAUGUGAAAAUCCGCAAAGGUGUUGCUGUGCAACUAAUUCUUUACGCUACGAAUCCACGCGAGGUUGCAAAGAUUUUCCUACACUAUGCUCGCGAAAUUCAUAAGAAGCUGCCGGCCGAUGAUCCCAACUACUUGCGCUGGUGCAUUCUUUUGGGUCGUAUUGAAAUGUGGUGUGAAAACCUUUUCCCAUCGUACAUUAUGGCUUCUGCGAACAAGAAAAAAGGUGAUGUGCGCUCUGCCAUGUAUCAAGACUGGGUUCUCGCGCGUGACCGUGCUCUGCGCCUCAAAGAGCAUGGCUAUAAAUCAAAAGAGGAUCUGGAUGCCAAAGCUGAAUUCGAACGUGCUCAUCACGCGAACAAUAUGUUCUAUGUCUACGUAUUCUUGAUGAUCAUGUUCACCGUUUCUGUGAUUCUCUUCGUUGGCUACUUGAGCUGGAUGAUUGUCUGGUACACUAUUGAGGGCCGUGUUGACCCUCUUACUCUUCUGCUCCUCAAAUUCUUCGACCUUCUUAAAGUGCACGACUACAAGUUUACUUUGAGUCCCUUUUACUGGAUGUCUACCUUUUCAGAGCUAUUCCGCCAGGCAGGCAGGCAAGUCAUGGACGAUAUGGAGAAGUUCCAUUUCAACUAG